AUGCAGCACGUCCCAGAGUCCCGCCAGCAGACCUUCGAGGAGAUCUACGGGCCCCCGGAGAACUUCCUUGAGAUCGAGGUCCGCAACCCGCAAACACACGGCACGUCCCGAAACAUGUACACUUCGUACGAAAUCGUCUGCCGAACCAACAUCCCUGCUUUCAGAUUGAAGCACUCUAUCGUGCGCCGCCGCUACUCUGACUUCGAGUAUUUCCGUGAUAUCCUCGAGCGCGAGAGCACGCGCGUCACUAUUCCCCCGCUGCCGGGCAAGGUGUUCACGAACCGUUUUAGCGACGAUGUCAUCGAGCACCGACGUGAGGGGCUUCAGCGGUUCCUGCAGAUUGUCGCUGGACACCCGCUCUUGCAGACCGGGAGUAAGGUGUUGGCGAGCUUUAUACAGGAUCCCAAUUGGGACCGCAAUGCCUGGUAG